CCAUUGCCUAAUGUAAGAAGCAGCAAAUAAUUGCUCCGUCCUCCAUCGUGCUAGCCCACCGCCAACAGGCACAUUUAAUUGGCCGUCUCUGGUUAGCCCUCUUGGCAUGAACUUUAUCAGGCUGUCUCAGAACCUAUCAAUUCUACCAUGAGGUUCAACUGUUAUUGAGUUCCAACACAUUGCUCUGUGGCUUCACGUGGUCAUUCAACGAUAAACUAUUCGUGGAUCAGCUACAUAGUUCUGAAGUCUCAGGAGCACCCAAUGACAACCUUAUGCCUCAUAACUACAAUCGUCAGCUGCAACACCGGGCAGGUAGAGGAGAAAACACACGGAUUGAUGCAAUGUACCAAGUUGUGCCAGGAAAUCUGCCUGCAGCUAGGGAAAAACAGUCCAAAGAAGCUAAACCAUUAAUAUGCUCAGUUUUGCUGGGUGUGUUACUGAUAAUUGCAGCUGUAGUUGCAUGGUGCUAUUAUUCAGCAUCGCUGAAGAAAGUAAAUUGUUUUAAGAUCGAUGAUUUGGAGCUCUACGAGGAUGGAUUUAUCAUCAAGAAGACUGACGGUCCAGAUUUAUUUGAAAUGGGCUUCAAGUCUGCCCCUAUUAACCUUGAGUCGUGUUUUAAAGAUGAGACUGGAGUUUGGAUAAAUUGCACAAAUGCUGAUAAAGAAGUGGAUUUUUUUAUUGAGACCUUGAAGCCCAAAGAUUCCAUAACUUGCUUCAACAUCAAAUGGAGAACUGUGGUACUGGACUCUGCUGUUGAACACUGCAUGUAUUGGGCAGAUGGUUAUUGGUAUGGAGGAGCCGAGACUAGUUCACAGCACUGGCCUAUCAAACUCUCAGGUGUAGUAGAUCCAAAGCCAUAUGUUACAGGUGAUGUACAUUCAUUACGUGAAGGCUUUGGUGGAAUUAUGGAAAGAUAUUGGAUCUCAAAUAAGUCUGUAGCCAUUCGAGUUAAUGAUUCAGUCCCUCUACACAUUGGUUGGAACAGCUCAAAUAGAGAAGCAUUUUGUUUGCACGCUAGAUACAAAGAUUCUCCAUUUAAAUUACCAACAGGACAACAACCAUUUGUGCAUCUAAGUUAUCAAGUCUGUGCUGGUUCUGAUAUGAAAAGUAUCCACCGAUAUAUGGCCAAAAAACAUUUCAAAAAGCCUGAAGUUACACCUUCAGAAAGUAUGUUCAUGUACCCUCUAUGGUCAACAUGGGCGUUGUAUAAAACAAAGGUUAACCAGGAUAAAGUGUUGCACUAUGCAGAAAAAAUUAAGAAAUAUCAAUUCAAUUGCAGUCAUAUUGAAAUAGAUGACCGGUACUCCAGUAGCUACGGUGAAUUUGACUUUGAUCCAGUGAAGUUUCCAAAUGCUUUGGAAAUGCUGCAGAAGCUGAGCAAAGAUGGAUUUCAGGUGACCUUGUGGGUCCAUCCUUUUGUUAACUACAAUUCACCAAGUUUUGUUAAAGGAAUUGAAAGUUCAUAUUUUGUGAUGGACACCAGUGGGAGACUUCCUGGUCUUGUGGAAUGGUGGAAUGGGAUUGCAGCUGUCUUAGACUUCACCAACCCAGAAACUAAAGAUUGGUUUCAGAAAAAAUUGGAGCACUUGAGAUCAAAGUAUGGGAUUGUUUCUUUUAAAUUUGAUGCAGGAGAGACCACUUACCUUCCUGUAGAAUUUAGCACUCAGAAGCCUUUAUCUGAUCCCAGCAUAUAUAGUAAACUAUAUGCUGAAGUUGCAUCUUCACACUGCAAACUGGGUGAAGUGAGGGUAGGAUAUAGAACCCAGAUGCUUCCUUGUUUUGUUCGUAUGAUUGACCGUGAUUCUGUUUGGGGUUAUGAGCUUGGUUUGAAGUCUGUGAUUCCUACGGCCCUCACCAUGAGCAUCUUGGGAUACCCCUUCAUAUUGCCGGAUAUGAUUGGAGGAAAUGUUUAUCCAAAUAAAACGGAUGGAUUUGAUGAGAUUCCAGACCGAGAGCUUUAUAUACGCUGGCUUGAAUUGUCAGCUUUUCUUCCAGCCAUGCAGUUUUCAAUCCCUCCUUGGCAAUAUGAUGCUGAGGUUUUGAAGAUUGCAUCUAAAUUUACGCAGCUCCGAGAAAGAGUAGUUGGGCCUCUUAUAUUCCGACUAGCAGAGGAAGCCACUAAAACAGGUAAUCCAAUCAUCAGGCCUCUAUGGUGGGUAUCUCCUGAAAAUAAAGACGCACAUAAGGUAGAUACACAGUUUCUGAUUGGAGAUGAUUUUAUGGUAGCCCCCAUUCUAGAAAAGGGUAAACAAGCAAGAGAUAUCUUCCUUCCAAAAGGUAAAUGGCAGAGUUUCAAUGGGGACAUUUUCGAUAAUACGCUGGUUAUCUUAGUAGACUAUGCAGUUAGUCUUGAUGAAGUGGCCUAUUUUACCAGAAUGAUUUGAUUUAAUUUUACUUAAAAUUUGGACUAAUUCAAAUAGUUUUUCUAGAAAAUGCAUUUUAGAUCCACUGUUUGCAUCUGUGUUCCGACCUAUGUAAUUUCAGGAUUAUUCACAAGCUGACAUUAAUAUGUUGCUUGGUCUCUCUUAACUGUGAAGUUCUGUAAAAUAAUACUUGUACUAUGAGUUUUUAAUGUUUUUUUUCCUAAACUGAACCAAUUACUAUUUUUGAGCAAAACAUUUUGCAAAGAAAAUAGCUUAAUUGUUCAUUUUAACAAUAAAACAGACAUUCAUAUUCUGUUAAGAAUUGUAUAGCUGCUAUGCGGUAAUGGGAAUAAAAAUAAAUUCGAUAUACCAUUUGAUAAAUGCAAAUAAUCCCAAAUCUUAACACUUUUAAAAAACAAAUUUAAGCAAAGGACCAAUAAUCAUA